GACUAGGUCUCGUGCCCACAGAGGGUUCUUCUUUACAAAUGACUGAAGCUGUGUUUCACUUCUCACCUUUUCUCUUUGGUGCAAGUCUCUCUCUUGAAAAGGGGCUGAUAGUUUUUCCUCGUGUUGUUCCUUACCAGACAGUUUCUCUGUCAGGCUGCUUACAACGACCUGGGGUUGCAGCCCCGCGAUACGGACCUCACGGGAAGUGCGAUUCCCGCAGCCUGGCUGGGGAACUCCCUGCUCCGCGGUCUGCCAGGGUGGAACAGGCUAAUCUGGCGGCUCCGUCCUGCCAGCUCCGUGUCACAGCAUAACGCACCACUAGCUGCACCAGAUCGUGCUUCUGUCCUGGACGGUCUGUUCCUGUGCUUUUGUGGGCUUGGUCCCAUGUGGGCUUGGGCUGAGCUGGGACCAGCAGGGCAGAGAGGCCGGUGUGCCUCGGAGUGCUGACACUGGGAGGCUGCUGGACCUCCUGCUCCCAGGACCCUCCUGCUCCCCAGCACGAGGAACCCCGAUACUCUGAUGGAUCUGAGGCCCUACUCGCUGCUGUUGGUCUGGACUCUGGUGGUUGCCCUCGCUCUCCUGGACCAGGAGGUGCUGGCCCAGCGUAUUUACACCAACACCUGGGCUGUGCUCGUCCCUGCAGGACCCCAGGAGGCUGACAGGCUGGCCAGGAAGCAUGGAUUCCUCAACCUAGGCCCGAUCUUUGGCGACUAUUACCACUUUCGGCACCGUGGCGUGGUGAAGCGUUCCCUCUCACCCCACCAGCCCUGGCACAGCCGCUUGGCCAGGGAACCGCAGGUGCAGUGGCUGGAGCAGCAGGUGGCAAAGCGCAGGACCAAGAGAGACGUUUUCAUGGAGCCCACGGACCCCAAAUUCCCGCAGCAGUGGUACCUGUACAACACAAACCAGCGGGACCUGAACGUGCGCCAGGCCUGGGAACAGGGAUACACCGGCAAAGGCAUAGUGGUGUCCAUCCUGGAUGAUGGCAUUGAGAAGAACCACCCUGACCUGGAGGCCAACUAUGACCCGGGGGCAAGUUUUGACGUCAAUGACCAGGACCCAGACCCGCAGCCUCGCUACACGCAGAUGAAUGACAACAGACAUGGCACGCGCUGUGCUGGGGAAGUGGCUGCCGUGGCAAACAAUGGCAUCUGUGGUGUUGGCGUCGCAUACAACGCCAGGAUCGGAGGUGUGCGCAUGCUGGAUGGGGAGGUGACCGAUGCUGUGGAGGCCCAUUCCCUGGGUCUCAACCCCAACCACAUCCACAUCUACAGUGCCAGCUGGGGCCCUGAGGACGAUGGCAAGACUGUGGAUGGCCCAGCCCGGCUGGCAGAGGAGGCUUUCUUCCGUGGGGUGAGCCAGGGCCGAGGCGGGCUGGGCUCCAUCUUCGUCUGGGCAUCUGGGAAUGGGGGCCGUGAGCAUGACAGCUGCAACUGUGACGGUUACACCAACAGCAUCUACACGCUGUCCAUCAGCAGCACCACUCAGUACGGCAACGUGCCCUGGUACAGCGAGGCCUGCUCCUCCACCCUCGCCACCACCUACAGCAGUGGCAACCAGAAUGAGAAGCAGAUUGUGACGACUGACCUCAGACAGAAGUGCACCGAGCUGCACACAGGGACAUCGGCCUCAGCGCCCCUGGCCGCUGGCAUCAUCGCCCUCGCCCUGGAGGCCAACAAGAACCUGACCUGGCGGGACAUGCAGCACCUGGUGGUGCAGACCUCAAAGCCAGCUCACCUGAAUGCCAAUGACUGGGUCACCAAUGGUGUUGGCCGCAAAGUGAGCCACUCGUAUGGCUACGGCCUGCUGGAUGCUGGGGCCAUGGUGAGCUUGGCUAAGAACUGGACCACGGUGGGACCUCAGAGGAAGUGUGUCAUUGACAUCCUUGCAGAGCCCAGGGACAUUGGGAAACGUCUCGAGGUGCGGCGGAAAGUGGAUGCCUGCCUGGGGAAAGCCAACUACAUCAGCCGGCUGGAGCACGCUCAGGCCAGGCUGACACUGUCCUACAACCGGCGGGGGGACCUGGCCAUCCACCUGGUCAGCCCCAUGGGCACCCGCUCCACCCUCCUGGCUGCCAGGCCCCACGACUUCUCAGCCGAUGGCUUCAACGACUGGGCCUUCAUGACGACACACUCGUGGGAUGAGGACCCCUCUGGGGAGUGGGUGCUGGAGAUUGAGAACACCAGUGAUGCCAAGAACUACGGCACGCUUACCAAGUUCACACUUGUGCUGUAUGGGACAGCCACCGACUCCCCCAGCCUCUCCAACCAGCUGGAGAGCAGUGGCUGCAAGACCCUGACCCCCAGCCAGACGUGUGUGGGUGAGUAUGGGGACAGCAGGGAGGAAAUGCGGGCACAGGCAGCCCCAGCCCGUGCUGACCCUGCCCGUGCUGACCCUGCCCGUGCUGACCCUGCCUGUCCCACAGUCUGCGAGGAGGGGUACUACCUGCACCAGAAGAGCUGCCUGAAGCGCUGCCCUCCUGGCUUCGCACCUGGUGUCCAGAGCACACACUACAACCUGGAGAACAGCGUGGAGCCCAUUGCACCCCACCUCUGCCUGCCCUGCCACCCCUCCUGUGCCACCUGUGCGGGACCUGGCCCCAACCAGUGCCUCACCUGUCCUGCACACUCCCACUUCAGCAGCCUGGACCUCUCCUGCUCCCACCAGACACAGAGCAGCCGUGCAUCCCCUGCCCUGGCAGAUGGCGAGGGACCAGCUGAGGCCCCCCCUCCAGUCAACUUGCCUGUCCUCAUCGCCAGCCUCAGCUGCAUCUUCAUCGUCAUCAUCUUUGUCACCAUAUUCUUGGUGCUGCAAGCACGCUCAGGCUUCAGCCUGCGAGGUGUGAAAGUGUAUGCCCUGGACAGCGGGAUCAUCUCCUACAAGGGGCUCCCCUCUGACAUCUGGCAGGAGGAGGGUCCCUCUGAGUCGGACGGUGAGGAUUACGAGGCCCACAGCGAGAGGACUGCCUUCAUCAGAGACCAAAGUGCCCUUUGAUGAGCCCUCCUGCCCCUCCCUCCUCCCUGCCCAGCACCGCAGGGCUGUGGCAGGUGAGGCUGAGGGGCCCUGGACUCUGCCCCUGUCCUCUUCCUGCACUGCAGCAGCUCGGGGCUCCUGCCCACUGGCACCGUCCCUCAGCCCCAGUCUGGGUGGCCAGGCAUGGUCGUGCAGGCACCAUCCCCAGCACAACACUGUCCCAGUCUUGCACCAUCCCUCCUGGCCCUGCGUCCAUCCUGUGCCCCAUGCCGGGUGUUUGGUGGCAGUGGUGCCCCUGCUGGGUACAGGGCUGCUGCUUGGGGUCUUGGAUGGGCAGCGUGUGAAGGCCCUGAGUUGCCACGGCUCAAGGUGGGCUGGCUGGGACAGGGGUGGCUCUGCUCCCAGGGCUGAUUCCAGCCUGUGCCACAGCAUCCCCCUGCCCCUCCCACCCUCGGCCCCUGCGGAGCUGUGUUCCAGGUUCAGUUCGUUGUGUCCCAGCUCCCUGCUGCCUCCCCUGGGCCUGUCUGCUUCCACCCGUGCCCUUCAACAGCAAUAACGGCCAGGCCUCAGCUGCUGCUGCUGCUGCCCACUGCCUGCCCAUCCCACGGCCGCUGCCUGCAGCGGGUAGGGGCCCUGGCACCGGGGAGCACAGGCUGGGCACUGCCUGACCCUGUGCCCAUGGCACAGCCCGCACCUGGGCAGGGACCCCUCGCACAGUCCCUGCUUUGGGGGGCUGCCUCGGGCCCCUUGUGUUCUGCCCCUGGGCAGGGCUGUAGGUGCUGCUGGCUGGGACUGUCAGGUAGCGCCAGUGCCAGCACUGCCCCAGCUCUGCCUGCGUCCUGCCUGUGCUGGGCAGUGCCCAGCAUUCCUGCAGCCCUAGCCCCCCGACGUGCCUUGCCCCCACUUGGUGACAAUCUGUUCUGCUCCCCGCUGGAGCCCUUCCCCUUGCUGCCCCUUCCCUGUGGGCUGGGGGCCAGUGCCACGAGCCCCUCUGCCGUCCGCCGCCGCACGCCGGGGCCAUGGUGCAGGCUCCCACCUGCGCCAGCCAUGGACGGAGCCACUGGCCAGGGGCCACAGGACUAUUUUUCUAUAACAACUUUUUGGUGCACAGUAAUUUUUUCUUGUAAUUUAAUCAGCCGGGAGCUGCCUCCUGAGCCUGUUUUUAAUUUAAUGGAUGUGGAUAUAACGCUAGAGAGACUGAGUUAUUAAAUGUUCAGAACUAUGCAAACCA